AUGUACGUCGCUCUUCACCGACCUCACGGUGCUUUACAAUUUACACUUUACACUUUACACACACGUACCGGGACACGAAAAUCGCACCCACGUCGGCACGCGCCGCACACGCCGUCCAUGCGCGCGCGCGCGCGGUGGUCCACCGCGGUGCCGUCGACGCGGCCGCGCGCGCGGCGCACCGCGCGCACCGCGCGCGCGGUGGUGGACGACGACGCAUCGCGCGUGGAGACGCUCGCGCGAUGGUGCGCCGACCGCGGAACGUACGCGCGCGCGCUCCGCGUGGACCUCGAUCAAGGCUCGGGACGGGGGCUGGAACUCUCCAGGGACGUUCGCGCGGGCGAGCGCGUGCUCGGGGCGUCGCUCACGAGCGGCAUCGUGGACGAGGCGCGCGGACACCCGGAGCGGACGCGCGCGGCGAUGGCGGAGGCGCCCUGGGGGGUGCGAUUGGCGUGUCGGGUGCUGCAGGAACGGAAGAAGGGGGGGGCGAGCGCGUAUGCGGCGUACGUGGCGACGCUUCCGGAACGCGUGGAGUCGUCGCCGGCGCUGUACGACGCGCGGGCGAUCGAGGAGGUGCAGUAUCCUCCGGCGAUGACGGAGAUUCGAGAGAUGCGGCGCGCGACGCGGGAGUGGCACGAAAAGUUGCAGAAAACGGCGCCCGAGGCUUUGGGUGACGCGGUUUUCGAUUACGAUGCGUUCGUGGACGCGGUGAGCGUCGUGCACUCGCGGACGUACGGGAUCGCGAGUGCGAACGAUAACGCCGGUUUGUUUCGCGCGUUGUUACCGCUGGCCGAUAUGAUCAAUCACGGCGGGGACAUCGUCACGGGUUUGACCAAGGACGAAGAGACGGGUGCGGUGACGAAUGUGGAGACGACGGCGACGGACAACAUCGCGUGGUCCGAGCUCGAUGACGACGGCGUCGUGCACUUCGCGGCGACGCGCGACAUCGCCGAAGGUGAAGCGGCGCUCAUGUCGUACGGUGAGCGGAGCAAUGAUCACUUCCUCAUCUAUUACGGUUUCGCGCCGGAUAACAACCCGCACGAUGACUGCGUCCUCUUCAGCAACCUCGAGCACGCGUUGGCGUGGCACUCCGUGGCGCAUCCCGAGCUUUGGGACGGACCCGACGCGGAGAUUCGUGAGCGUGCCGCGAAGGCGGCGUACGAACGCGUGACAAAAUCUCUCGAAGCGGAGGGUUCCGUUGACGCCAAACUCGCCGCGGCGGAACCUCGGUUGAAGACGCUCAGUUUCGGCCGCGUCGACGCGCGUCUCCUCAGCGCCUUUGCCGCGAUUUUCGCCGGCACCGAAACUUCGGGAGAUGCCGCGGGACCGGUUUGUGGCGAUGAGCUCCGCUUCGCCCGCGCGGACGUCGCCGCGCGCUGCGAACAGCUUCUCGCGCAGAUGCCGACGACGUUCGCCGAGGACCUCAGCGCGCUCCGAGCCGGCGAGUGCGUCGACGACGCCCAGCGCACGCGCUUCAUCUACCGCGCGUGCAAGAAAAAAAUCUUAGUCGACGCGCUCGAGAUGUUCCGCAUCGCGUGA